CCGUUCAAAGGUAGGUACCGGUGAAGAACCGAGGCAUAGGUCAGUCAGCCGUUGUGAAAGACCGAGCCAGCUGCAAUAUCGAGUUAUAUAAAAUACAAGAACUGAUUUAUUUACUGAGUUGAUAUCCAACGAGUCAAAGCAACAACACUUUUUGUGUAACGCUAGUGAUUCGUGAUGAUGUUAAAGUUCGCGUCGAUAGCCCUGGGCCUGCUCCAGGUGGCCUGGUCGAUGCCCGCCAGCUCACUCACCCUCGAAGACAUGAUGGUUCUUGAAGAUCUGAUGAUGGUUGACGACACGGAGUCCGUCGGCUCGUACAUCCGAGAAACUAGAGCAGCUGCGCCUCAAGGUUACCACAAGUCAGUGCAUGACGAAGGUGAUGGUGAAAUCGGUUAUUCUCGCAAGAAGACAGGCGGUGGCAAGAAGGGGUACCAACACUUCGAUGCCUAUCACAAGAAGGCCGGUGACAACUACGAGUUUGAGAAGCAGGACUCUUAUGGUGAUGAGGACAAAGGCCAGGAUGGAGCCUACAGCCAUAACCAUGAGGCCACAGUUGAAAGAGAUCGUGAGCCGGAAGAGUUUGGAUAUGAGGAAGAGGAACGUCCUAAAAGGAAACAAAAACAACAACACAAAGAAAUAACGCACUCAGAAUUAAAAGAAGGAGCUGACGAUGGAAACGGCGGUGUCGAAUCCUUUGGCCAUGACCCUAGGGACUACACAUUACCUGAGAAAUACACGUGGGGUGAAGAGGCUGAUACAGAAUAAAGUAAUAAUUAGUAACUUUAGUUACUUAGACUGAUAGGUGGUAGGUAAUAAAAAUAAUCAUUGUGAAUUUCAUUAUUUUACUUAACUUAACGCCAUCUGUUGUCGGUUAUGGAUACCUCUUGAACGUUAAGUUGCUUACAGACUUUUAGUUUAGUUUUAGUAGCAGAUUAAUAACGUUAAUUGUAAGACGUACCAAACCAAAUAAAUAAAAUACAAAAUUGUGAUUAC